GCUAGAACACCAAUUACAAACCACAGGCUUCCUGCUCUAGGGAGUUGAUCCAGAACUGUCUUUCUGGAAGGGAAGCGCUCGAAUCCUUCUUCCUUCCGAACUUUCCAAGUCUAUCCAUGAUUCAGAGCUAUCGCCUUCUCCCUCUGGGAUUUUCUGUUUCUGGUAGUGAAUUGUUAAUGAAUUUGCUUUUGCUUCUUAUCUCUUUCAAGAGCUGAUCAUUUAAUAUUUUGUACAAAGGGGGAAAAAAGCUUUUGUUAGGAGAUUUCAGAGAUGAUUUUGGAUCGUCUUUAAGUAUUUCCAGAGUUCUUGGAGACAGUAGCUCUCAUCCUGGAAUAAGUUUGUGCCUCUGACCUGCAUGGAUUACCUUCAGGCUUCGGAAUCUCAGGACACCUAACCUGUAGUGUGGGGCACAGCAGAAUGAGAAGGUGGAAGAAUGAGCUGCACAGUUAAGCAGUUCAGAUCUUUUUAAAGCGGGAUUUAUAAAGGCAUAAUUGAAUUUGUUUCACCCCGGUGGAUUCCAGUGGGCUCGACAGCGCAACAGAAAGGGCCAUCUCUGCAUUUUCCAAGCUGGACUUCUUCAUUCUCACCUUUGAUGCAUGGCCUUCGCUAUUUACUUUGCCUUGUUUUGUUCAUCAACGUUGGGUCUAGUGCCCCAGCAACUGAUACAUAUGGAAGACCAACAGCAAGCGAUCUGACAUAAUAAAAAUUCACGUUCAAUCUCGAGUACAUUUGGAAAUUUCACAAAGAAGUGGAGGUAUUUGUAGCCACAGUGAAGAUGGGAGAAAACGACAUACCUGCAACAGAAGUGGGCUAAAAAAACCCUCUUCUCCUCCUAAUCAGGAGUGCUACCUGUGCUUGGGAAUAUACUUUAGAAAGAGGAAGGACCAAAACUCUGACUUGGCUUUCUGAAACUGAAGCAUCAAUUCUCUUUCCUUCCGUUUUCUGGAUCUGAGAACCUGCCUUUGGUCUUAGCUAGUGGAAGCAGUAUGCAUGGCCGAAGAGCCUUGAUGCAGCUGGUAGCAUGAGUGGUGGCCACCAGCUGCAGUUGGCUGCCCUCUGGCCCUGGCUGCUGAUGGCUACCCUGCAUGCAGGCUUUGGACGCACAGGACUGGUAUUGGCAGCAGCGGUGGAGUCUGAAAGAUCAGCAGAACAGAAAGCUAUUAUCAAAGUGAUCCCCUUGAAAAUGGACCCCACAGGAAAACUAAAUCUCACUUUGGAAGGUGUGUUUGCUGGUGUUGCAGAAGUAACUCCAGCAGAAGGAAAAUUAAUGCAGUCCCAUCCCCUGUACCUGUGCAACGCCAGUGAUGAUGACAAUUUGGAGCCUGGAUUUAUCAGCAUCGUCAAGCUGGAGAGUCCUCGACGGGCUCCUCGCCCCUGCCUGUCGCUGGCCAGUAAGGCCCGCAUGGCUGGUGAGCGAGGAGCCAGUGCGGUGCUCUUUGACAUCACUGAGGAUCGAGCUGCUGCUGAGCAGCUGCAGCAGCCCCUGGGGCUGACUUGGCCAGUGGUGCUGAUCUGGGGUAAUGAUGCUGAGAAGCUGAUGGAGUUCGUGUACAAGAACCAGAAGGCCCAUGUGAGGAUUGAGCUGAAGGAGCCCCCAGCCUGGCCAGAUUACGAUGUGUGGAUCCUCUUGACUGUGGUGGGCACCAUCUUUGUGAUCAUCCUGGCUUCAGUGCUGCGCAUCCGGUGCCGCCCCCACCACAGCACGCCGGACCCUCUUCAGCAGAGAACAGCCUGGGCCAUCAGCCAACUGGCCACCAGGAGAUAUCAAGCCAGCUAUAGGCAGACUCGGGCUGAGUGGCAGGACUCAGGCAGUAGCUGCAGCUCAGCUCCUAUGUGUGCUAUCUGCUUGGAGGAAUUCUCUGAGGGGCAGGAGCUACGGGUUAUUUCCUGCCUCCAUGAGUUCCAUCGUACCUGUGUGGACCCCUGGCUAUAUCAACAUCGGACUUGUCCCCUCUGCAUGUUCAACAUCGUAGAGGGAGAUUCAUUUUCCCAGGCCCUGGCAUCCUCUCCAUCUUACCAUGAACCAGGCAGGAGACUGCACCUCAUUCGUCAACAUCCUGGCCAUGCCCACUAUCAUCUCCCUUCUGCCUACCUGUUGGGCCCUUCCAGAAAUUCAGUGGCUCGGCCUCCAAGGCCUAGACCCUUCCUGCCAUCUCAAGGGCCAAAUAUGGGAUCUCGGCACCAGCGCCUCUCCAGAGCUGCACAUGUGCGGGCAUCAGGCGAGCAACAGCACCUGACAGUGGCCCAGCACCCCUAUGCACAGGGCUGGGGACUGGGCCGCCUCCGAUGUACCUCUCAGCAUCCCACAGCUUGCCCAGUGUCCCUGCGCCGGGCCAGGCCUCAUGACAGCAGCGGAUCUGGAGAAAGCUACUGUACAGAACGCAGUGGCUACCUGGCAGAUGGGCCAGCCAGUGACUCCAGCUCAGGGCCCUGUCAUGGCUCCUCCAGUGACUCAGUGGUCAAUUGCACGGACAUCAGUUUGCAGGGCAUCCAUGGCAGCAGUUCUACCUUCCGCAGCUCCCUGAGCAGUGACUUUGACCCCCUGGUGUACUGCAGUCCUGAGGGGGAUCUCCCGGGAAAGGGGUUGCAGCCUAGUGUGACCUCUCGACCCCGUUCCCUAGACUCAGUAGUGCCCACAGGGGAAACCCGGGUUUCCAGCCACGUCCACUAUCACCGCCACCGGCACCAUCACUACAAAAAGCGGUUCCAGUGGCAUGGCAGGAAGCCUGGCCUAGAAACGGGGGUCAACCAGUCCAAAUCUGCUGUUUCUCGGACUCAGCUCCAGCCAGAGCCAUCUUUCCCUGACCAACAGUUCACCAGACCCAACCCAACAGCUCCUUCAAUGCUCCCCAACCCACAACGGCCCAGGGCCCUUACAGAGCCAGUCCCUGGACCAGCGGAAGCUGCCAGCCCCAGCCCCGGUCCCAGCCCCAGCAGUCUUCUGAACUUGCAGAAAUCCAACCUCCCUGUCCGACACCCACAGAGAAAACGGCGGGGUGGUCCUUCAGAACCCACGCCAACCUCUCGGCCCCAGGACUUGACUCUGCACCCAGCUUGCCAGGUUUUCCCCCAUUAUAGCCCCAGCCUGGCAUACCCUUGGCCCCCAGAGACUCACCCAUUGAUCUUCAGACCUCCAGGCCUGGAUAGGAGGCUGCUACCCGAAGCCCCAGGCCCCUGUUACUCAAGUUCACAGCCAGUGUGGUUGUAUCUGACUCCUCACCGGCCUCUGGGACCACACCCACCUGGAGAGGGACAUUCUGAAUGGAGUUCUGACACCCCAGAGGGCAGGCCAUGCCCUUACCCACACUGCCAGGUGCUAUCAGCCCAGCCUGGCUCGGAGGAGGAGCUUGAGGAGCUGUGUGAACAGGCCGUGUGAGAUGAUCAGACCUAGCUCAAACCAUGAGUGUGCUCCAGAUGGCUCAGCUUCUAGCCAGCACAGAGUCCGCGUCCUGGGAGAAGGAAGGACCUUAGCAAACAUAUCUUUGCCACACUUCCUGGAACCACUGGAAGAAGAGUGGUGACGGUGGGUGGCAGGAGGUGCUGUUUCCUGCCCACAGCUCCCAAUCUUGUCUGCAGAACACACAGUGCAGCAAGUUUGUGUCCAGCCAGACAACCAGCCAGUGUGCAUCUGUGGGCUGGAUCCCUGGAGGCUGUUUUUGAGGCCAGGACGCUAGGAAUGGAUGUCUAGGUGUUACCAAGGUGCUGCUCUUUUCCCCAGCCCUACCGGGGUCUCCUUUGCCCCAGGCUUCAGAUUCACAUAAGCCAGUGGGCAUGUGAAUACAUGACCAUUUCUCACCUCCUUCCUUGGGUUAGUUCUUCACACCAGCUUUGGUCUCACCAGGGUGCAGCUUCAUCAGGGGUAAUCCCAGCUUUGCUGUUUUCCUUCUUCAGAAAAGAACUAGGGGUUUAGGUGAGUCUUGUUUUCUGAAGAGGUCUCUGCAGUCAUUGCCUGACCUGGUGCGAGAAGAGGCAUGAAGAGGUUCCCUCUUCCUGUUCUCAAAUUCGUCUUAAAUUGUCAGGUCAGAGAGAAGGCUCUGGGAAGCUGGGGUGUAAAGUUCUGUCCCCUGAGAUGGGGACCAGUGCCUUGACAUCCUGGGAUGAAGCUCUUGUCAAACUCCUUGUCACUCCAGCAGCCCCAGUGGAGGUGGAGAGCAAGGGGAAUGGGAUGCUUCCUUGAAGAUCUGUCUCACAGUCCUGAAGCAGGCAGAAAGGAGAGAAUUUCUGUUAGAUUUCAUCUGGGAAGGGGGAGGAUGGAAUGAUAAUGAAAGCAAAAUUACAGCUAAGUGGACAGCAGAGUUCUUCUCUGAGAGGUUUUCAGAGAAAGGAUGGGGGAACAGCCAUGUGUGACCUCUUGGGUUUGCAGGACCCAGAGGUGCACCUCCCCAGCAUAAGCCAUACAAACCAGUGACCCAAUGUAAGGCGUGCAUAUGGAGUGGAGUUGGAACAAGAAGUUGGCCCGGGCAGCUUGUAUCAUAUGGGCAAGGGCUGAGGGGCCCCCUCUAGCCUUUCACCCCAGGACUUCCUGACCACUGUUAGCCCCUCAGGCAUUAUCCUUGCCUGGAAUGUGAAUGUGGGGGCAAAGCGGGCACAGGAUCCUACUUGGGAACUUUCUUUUCUCAAAGUAAUGGGGAGACUGGCACCCAGGCACCCUCAUGGGUAUUUAUAUCUGAACCAGACAGAAAGAUGCUUGAAUCAGGCACUAUGUUGAGAAAUGUAUUUAUUUGCUAAUAUAUUUAUCCAUAAAUAUGA